AUGACCACCUUCAGAUUCUGCAGGGAUUGCAAUAACAUGCUUUACCCAAGAGAAGAUAAAGAAAGCCAGCGACUUUUAUUCGAAUGUCGUACUUGUGCGUAUGCGGAGGAGGCAGGAACACCAAUGGUGUACAGACAUGAGCUGAUUACCAACAUAGGUGAAACGGCUGGUGUGGUGCAAGAUAUAGGAUCGGACCCCACACUUCCGCGUUCCGACCGAGAAUGCCCGCGGUGCCAUUCUCGCGAAAACGUGUUCUUCCAGUCUCAACAGCGGCGCAGCGACACGUCGAUGGUACUGUUCUUUGUCUGCUUAGGGUGCUCGCAUAUCUUUACCAGUGAUCAGAAAAAUAAACGUACAGCCUUCAAUUAG